CAAACACAGCUGAACGAAGACAAAAAGUGAUUGACAGAGAGCAGAACAUCAGAAAAGCUCAGACACAAACCACAGAAUUACAGACAAGACCGGCUGAAGACCUGCGCUCACAGGUAUGGGGAGCUUUGAUCAUACCACAGAAGAUUAUGGUCCAAAUUACGACGAUGAUGAUGAUUACAACUUCACCACAGAUCCAUCUGCCUUCAUUGGUAAAGAGCUCUGUGAGGCCAGUCAAGAGCAGGAGCGCAUCAUUACCGUAGUCCAGACCACAGUCUUCCUGGUGGUCUUCGUCUUAGGCGUGAUAGGAAACGGCCUGGUCAUUGCCACCUUCGCUCUGUACCGCCGUCUCCGUCUGCACUGUAUGACCGAUGUCUUCCUCUUCUUCCUGGCUCUGUCCGACAUGCUGCUUCUCCUGACGCUCCCACUGCAAACAGGAGAAACUCUGAUCGGCAGCUGGGAGUUCGGAGAGCCCAUGUGCAAACUAAACCGUGGCAUGUACGCAAUCAACACCUAUAGCGGGCUUCUGUUAUUAGCGUGCAUUAGCAUCGAUCGCUAUUUAGUGGUGGUAUGCACUCGAUCUAUGAGGAAGAGGAGCUCUGGUACGAUGUUUUACAGUAUGCUCUCUGCAUUCAGCAUUGCUGUAAUCUCAAUCAUAUUCAGUCUUCCAGAUCUGAGCUUCAGUUCUGUGGACAACGUCUUGAAUUCAAACCUGAGCUCAUGCGAUAUGAAAGUCAGUGAAGUCAAGUGGAAACUGUGGGCCCAAAUUGCGAAGAUUGCAGGAUUCUGCAUCCCAUGCAUCGCGAUGAUCGUGUGUUACGGUGCAAUCGGACACGUUCUUAUACACACUGGAGGAAAAGGCUGGCGUAGACAGAGGACUUUAUGCUUGAUGGCGCUAUUGGUGGUGCUCUUUCUGCUUUUCCAGCUGCCCUACACUGUAGUGUUACUGAUUAAAAUAUCAACACCAACACCAACACUCUGCAAUGAUUGGACCACGCUGCACAUCAUGGAAAUCGUGACCCGAAAUCUGGCCUACGUGAGGUGUUGUUUAAACCCUCUGCUUUAUGCGUUGGUUGGUGUUCGCUUCAGGAAUGACAUUAUACGGUUGUUGACGGAUGCUGGGUGUGUGUGUAAGUGUGUGUCUCAAAUAGCGCCUCAUCUUGGCAAUGGGAGCUCCAUUACUCCAUCAUCCCCAGCUCCGACUACACUUACACACAUUCCCUCUACCUAUCAGGCUGGCAAGAACACGUCUGCACCAAAUACACCUGCUGCAAACACAGCGCAAAUGUUCUUCUUCCCCACACCAGUGUCUGGGAAAGUUACUUCAGUCAUAAGCUGGUGUCAUCAGAUCAUCUAACAUGAAUCAUUACUUAUAUCAGUGGUUCCCAAAGGGGGGGUCGCGGCCUGGGACAAUGACAGGGGGGGUGGCUUGGUGGUUUCCAAAAGUCAAAUAAAUUUGAUUAAACUAUUAGAAUUGCCAUAUUUUAACCAUAACCCACAGAGGAUAAAAAUUGUAGUUUUUAAAUAGUAAAAAACAACAUGCAAAUGAAUAGCCAUCAGCCUUUCAAUUCUUUUUUCUGUAGGAUUGGUGUGUUUACGUUUACGGCAAUAGCGUCAGCUGCAGCAGAUUGAUUUAAUAGCACCAGGUUAAACUUUCUGACACCUUUAUGGCAAUCAAACACAUUAAAAAUAAAUACAGGCCACAACUGAACAUUGAGAAUGAUUUCUGAGUGGUGGUCUCCAAAAUUAAACUUAGAGUAGACUUGUGCUGAUAACAAUGUGUCCACCAGUCUCUUUAGGUGAGGUUAAUAUUAAAUUAAACAAAUUAAUAAAUGACUAUAAAAAUGAUGUGGUUGUUAGACUGUUGCACUUUUUUGUGUUGUCAAUAUGCUUGUGUUUAUAUAGGCCUAUUGCUGUGUGUGCAACAUUUGUAUAUUUAUAACCACCUUUGAGGAAUUUGGGGGUCGCGAGUCACUGACAUUGUUAUGUUAGGGGUCGCAGGCUGAAAAGUUUGGAAACCGCUGACUUAUAUUAUAGAUGAUAAGUAUCGAAAGCCUUUUCACACAAUAUACCAUUAUAAUAGAUAUAUAUAUAUAUACAUACACACAGUUGAAGUCAGAAUUAUUAGCCCCUCUGUUUAAUCCUUCCCCCCCCCCCCAAUUUUUGUUUAACGGAGAAAAGAUUUUUUUUUCAGCACAUUUCUAAUCAUAAUAGUCUUAAUAACUCAUUUCUAAUAACUGAUUUAUUUUAUCUUUGCCAUGAUGACAGUAAAUAAUUUUUGGCUAGAUAUUUUUCAAGAUACUUCUAUACAGCUUAAAGUGACAUUUAAAGGCUUAACUAGGUUAAUUAGGUUAACUAGGCAGGUUAGGGUAAUUAGGCAAGUUAUUGUAUAACAAUGGUUUGUUCUGUAGACUAUCAAAAAAUAUACCUUAAAGGGGCUAAUAAUAUUGACCUUAAAAUGGUUUUUAAAAAAAUUAAAAACUGCUUUUAUUCUAGUCGAAAUAAAACAAAUAAGACUUUCUCCAGAAGAAAAAAUAUUAUCAGACAUUAAACAUCAUUUGGGAAAUAUUUAAAAAAGAAAAUUUAAAGGGGGGCUAAUAAUUCUGACUUUAACUGUAUUUAUAAAAUGCAAAUGGGCUUCCAAUAGUAACUGUAUAUGCAUUAAAGAUCAGUAUUCUGUAUUAUUUACAAUUAGCAGCGUGGAGAGGAAUAGUCUUUGCUUUUUUCUAAUAUGCAUUUUUUUAAUUAAAGCAAUAGUACACCCAAAUAUGAACAUUUCAUCAUCUUUAAUUCACACUCAAGUGGUUCUAGACCAGGCAUGGGCAAACUCGAUCCUUGAGGGCCGGUGUCCCUGCAGAGUUUUGCUCCAACACUAAUCAAACACACCUGAACACCCUAAUUAGUUUCUUUAAGAUCAUUAGAAAGCUACAAGCAGGUGUGUUUGAUUAGGGUUGGUGCAAAACUAUGCAGGGACACCGGCCCUCCAGGAUCGAGUUUGCCCAUCCCUGUUCUAGACUGAGCUUCUUUACUCUGUUGAACACAAAAGAAGAUAUUUUGAACAAUUCUUGAAACCUGUAACCAUUGACUUCCACAGUAGGAAAAACAAAUACUAUGAAAAUAAUUUGGUUACAGGUUUCUAGCAUUCUUCAAAAUAUCUUCUUUUGUGUUCAACAGAAGAAAGACUAAGAGUUCUGGUGAACGGUAAGAAAAUGAUGAUAAUUUUCAGUUUUGGGUGAACUGUCCCUUUAACUUUUGUUUACUGCUAGUCUAAUCAUGUAUAUCCUGUAAAUAAAGUGUGUCCACUGUUUAU